AUGUGAAACCAGAAUUGCACAAACAGCACUACUUUGCAGUCUGUGAUCAUCGUUCUUUAAAGUCUGAGGAAACACCACAACUGUUCCAUAUAUUUUUAAAAAGAAUGCGAUCGUCAGCAGUUGAGAAGCUUUGCCUGGCCCUCGGGGUCCUCGGGUUUGUUGGGGUCAUUGUGUGCUGCAGCCUACCUUGCUGGAGAGUGACUGCCUUUGAAAAAACAAGUUUUGUGACCCAAAAGGUGGUUCAAGAGGGUCUUUGGAAGAUUUGUGUAAAGGAGGGAAACAGACAGAAGGUUUGCAGUUUGUACGACUCCCAGCAGCAGGUAUCCCCUGACCUGCAAGCUCCACGAGUCCUGGUUGUCUUCAGCUGCAUCCUCAGUGGGCUCAGCCUCUUCAUCCUGUUCUACGGUGCCAUCUUUACCAAAUAUGCUCAGAACGAAGACGCCAAGCCCAGAAUCCUCAUGGUGGCUGCAGUGGGCCUGCUGCUGGGUGGCUUCAUGGCGAUCAUCCCAGUCAGCUGUUCGGCUUAUAUCACUUUAAAAGAUAUCCUCCAACCUGGGUCACAGAUCUUUCAGAAGACAAAUAUUGGAGUGUGCCUCGAUGUCGGCUGUGCAGCAGGUAUGCUGCUGAUUCUGACUGCAGGUCUGGUCUGCAGGCUUAGCAGACCCAAAUACAGCAGCUCAGGAGGAAAAGCAAAGUGCUACAGCAGCAGUGCUUCAGCUCCAGACAACAAUUAUGUGUAGAAGCUUUAUGAAAGAGACUGGUGUCCACUAGAUGGUUAGAAAAGGAAAUGGAAUAGAGAAAAGUGGAAAGGGGACACCAGAGAUUGCUGUGUAAACACUGCCGGCUAAUAAUUGCAUGCAAAAAAAUUUUUAAAAUUCUGUUAACUCUGUUCAAGGUUGUUUUUUUUUGUUUGUUUUUUUUGGCAAAAAAUGUUUGACCUGUAUAUUUGAUUUCUUAUAUAUUGGGAAAUUUGUAUUAUUCCCAUUAGAGUCCUUGAAAUGGUACCCUAGAGAAAUACUGAGAUACAGAAAAUGUCUUUGUUAGUGGAAUCAGAUAUCCGUGUUUAUUUUCAAUAUAAUAUUUCAGCUGCCAAAAAAUGUGCUUAUUAAAUCCCUUUUUAUGUUUUUGCCAUUUCAUUUAUAAUUUCUUUAUUCCUAUUCAGAAAGCUGCCAGCUUAAUUCCUAACCAGAUGCAU